UCAUAUUUAGGCUACGGCGGAGCUAUGUCUUAAUCGUGUAUGUGAUACUCUGCUCUAGGAUUCACAGAUGUUGAACUCUAACAGUCUGUAGCAUGCGGUCGUCAAUCCAUUGCUCUGCCCGCUGAGACUAAAUUAAUCGAUUACCUACACCGUGUACCUGAAUUGAAACGACUGGAAGCGGUAGACAGAGGCGGAUCUGACCAGAACACAAAGUGGUCUACCUCACAACAAUAUCCUGCUCGCAGUGUCAGUCCUUUCAGAUAUCCAAUUAAAGGUUUUUUUUUCUUGGUCUGUACUGUCCAGUCUGUACUCAGCAGAAUGGCGUGUCCACCUUGGCCCAAAGGAAAAAAACUGGUUCACCUGGAUUUGAAAGGCGCCCCGCCAAGAGUAGAAUAUCUUCACAAGCUGAUCGAGUUGUUCUCUGAGCUGGGAGUUAAUGGCCUGCUGGUGGAGUAUGAGGACAUGUUUCCUUAUGAAGGGGAGCUGAAACUGCUGCAGGCCACAACACAUCCUGCUUACAGCCAUGAGGAGGUACUAUCUGUGCAGGAAUUUGCCAAAUCUAAGGGCAUUGAGGUCAUCCCACUUGUGCAGACGUUUGGUCACAUGGAGUUUGUCUUGAAACAUCAGCCCAUGUGGGGCUUGAGAGAGGUGCCAUAUUGUGUGGGUACCCUGAAUCCCCACAAAGAAGAGGGGGUGAGGCUGGUGAUGGAGAUGGUGAGGCAGGUGGUUAAGCUGCAUCCAGGCCUGAGCACACUCCACAUUGGAGCAGAUGAGGUGUACAUCCUCGGCGAGGGGAAAGAGUCCAAACAGUGGUUGGACUCACGUGGACGGACUGUGGAGCAGCUAUUCCUGAGCCAUGUGACCAAGGUGGCCAAGGCCAUCAAGGAGGCAUGGCCUCACAUGACUAUCAUAAUGUGGGAUGAUAUGAUGAGAGCCAUGAACCAGGACAUACUGAAAGAUAGCGGUCUAGUGGGUCUCAUCCAGCCCAUGCUGUGGGACUACACCCCUAAUCUGGAUGUGGACAAAACUGUGUCUUUGCUGGAGAAGUACUGCAGUGCCGGCAUGCCAGACCUGUGGGUGGCCAGCUCAUUUAAAGGCUCCACCAGUGUUUACACAUGCGUAACCAGCACACAGAGACAUGUGGAUAAUCAUUUGCAGUGGCUGAAAGUGGCUGCUUCUUUAUCUCCUGGUAUAAACCUGCAAGGCAUCGCCAUCACAGGCUGGCAGAGGUAUGACCACCUGUCGGUGCUGUGUGAGCUCAUGCCUGUGGCUCUUCCAUCACUAGCAUCCUGUCUCCAGACACUCAGCCAUGGUCAGUUCCAUGAUGAGGCUCAGAAAGAAGUAACUGAGAGACUGGGCAUUUCCUCAGUGGAGGUAGAGGGCAUGGGGAGGGCUUCUGCAGGUGACUUGCUGUUUCCAGGAAGGAAGCUGGCUGAGCUAAUUGUGGAGCUCAACUCACUGCUGAACUCAGAGGACAUACGAUUGUUUGAAAACAACAUGUUUGUAAGAGGAUGGUUCAGCCCCUACCACAGACAGAGGAAGAUGGUAACCCCUCUCAUCACCAUGCAGAUUCAGAGCCAAGCAUCAACGUUUUUAGCUGCAUUACAACAGAAGGUGGAUGCCAUGAGAGAGGAGAUGGUGCGUCUUUAUCCGGAUUCAACAGCCCAGGAGUGGAUAGAGGAACAUGUCAGCCCUGUGAUGUCCCCUUUACAGAGGAUAACGGAGGAUAUCGGAGCUUGUGUGAAGGAGAUGGUGCCAUAAAACAUUUUACAAAAUCGAAUUGUUUUUUUAAUGAAUUCCAAUACUGGUCUCUUAUUUUUUUUUGCAACCUGCAAUGAAAUUAACAUAAGUAAUUUUAUGUGUGAUUUUUCUCUUAUCCAAAAACAAACUGGUGUAUACAUAUUGCCCUAAUUAUAGCAAAGAAAGAAAACAAUAUUAAAAGAGGACUUUGGGUUUACAUAAAAAGCUUUAUAUCAUUCCUGCAAAUGUAUAAAAGUAAAGAGACAAUAAAAUAAAAAAAAAAAAACUUCAAGCAGAAUACACUGUCAUUCAACAUAAACCAUUUCCCA